AUGUACAAUUUUUUGAAAUAACACAAACGUUUCAAGACAACAACAAACCACAACACCCGAAGAAUUAGCAUAAACAAACUGAAAAAACGCAAAAACAACGAAACCCUUUCCACAACCGUUAAAAGAAUGGCCAAAAUGUACGGAAAGGGUAAGACGGCCAUCGAAUCGGAGGAUCAACAAAAACGUCGCUGGCAAAUCGAGCUGGAAUUUGUGCAGUGCCUGUCCAAUCCCAAUUAUCUCAACUUUCUCGCACAGCGUGGCUACUUUAAGGAUCCCUGCUUUAUCAACUACCUCAAGUAUCUACAGUACUGGAAGGAGCCCGAAUAUGCCAAGUAUCUGAUGUAUCCGAUGUGCCUAUACUUUCUCGAUCUGCUGCAAUACGAACAUUUUCGUCGCGAGAUCGUCAACAAUCAAUGUUGCAAGUUCAUCGACGACCAGGCCAUACUGCAGUGGCAGCAUUACACGCGCAAGCGCAUCAAGCUGAUCAAUUCGGUGCAAGAGAACGCGGCAGCAGUUGCUGCAGCUACACAACAACAACAGCAACUGCAGCAGCAGCAGCAGCAACAGCAACCACAGCAACAGCAGCAGCAGACCAAUGGCGGCAUAUUGGCGCCAAGUGAAGCGGCGUCUGUUGCCGCCGCCGAGGCCGCCAAUCCGCUGCAGCAGGCGACAUUGCAGAACGGUAGUAGCUCCACCUCGCAGUCACAGCAGCAGCCGCUGACGGCAAGGGAGCCAGCGCCUACGCAAACUCAGGUUUUGUCAGCGGCGCAUCAGCUGCCGCAACAGCAACAACAGCAACAACAACAACAACAAAUCAACGGACUGGCUAGCAGCGCAGCCAUGAAAUUAGAGUUAAAUUAGCUAAUGGCUGAAUAAAUACAAUAAAUUU